UCACCUCACCUCACCUCACCACUGCCACUUCGGAUCCGGCCAUGGACAGCUCAGAUGCCGAAAGUUGUGGAUCGCCGGAGGGUCUGAGCAUGGAGGAGUUCACAAGGUUGCAGGACGAGCUCAUGGCUUUGCGGCUCUACCACGAGGAGCUACUGGGCGAGCGCCGGUGGCUGGAGAGGGCCCCGCCCGCCCCUGCCGCGCCUUGGGCUGCGGCCGCCGCGGCCACCGCGUCCCUGUCCUCGCAGGUGAAGGUGGGUACAGAAGCCCUUUCCUCGCUGGGCAAUAGGGGAAUGGCCACCUUUGCCAAGCGGACGGAUAACUCUGAGCUUGAACUGAAGACCCGUAUCCGCGCCCUGCAGGAGGAGGCGGAGGAGUUCCGCUCCGUCGCCGCCAACGCGCGGAGCGCCGCCGCCGCGGUUGCCGCGGCGCCGAGCUCCGAAGCGGCGGGCGUGGAGGCCAGUGAUGAGCUUCAUGACUCCGACGAUGAAGACACCGUGCUUCUGAAGCAGAAGAUCAAGGCUCAGAAGAGCGAGCUGGAUCGCCUCACGGAGAUCUUUCAAAGACAGCAGGAGCAGAUGCUGAAGCUUCAGGAUCAGAUCUCCGGGAAAGAGGAGGAGAGGCAAAAGCUGCUUCGCCGCGAGGUGCAGGCCAAGCUGAAAGACCGAGAGACGCAGGUGGAGGGCAUGCUGCGGCAGCUGCGCUCCGCGGAGGAAGAGUCGCGGCAGUCGCAAGACCUGAGGAAUCAGCUCCGAGAUUUCGCCGAGCAGGCCAUCAAUCGGAACAAUGUCUUAGCGGAGAUGCGAUCCGUGUUUCAUCAACAGGCUGCCAAUGACGCCCUGGAACAAGAGAGGCUCUUUAUGGUCUUGGAGGACCUUGCUGCAAGAGCCGACGCCGAUGUCUCAGAGUCCCGACUUUCUGGACGGGCUGAAGGAGCGGCGCAUCCGCCCGGAGCACCCGUGGCGCGCACUCCGCAGCGCCCGGACGCAGGCGCGGUCACAGCGGCUGAACAGGCGACGGUCGAGGCCCAGUGUGACCUGGAUCCCAGCAACAGCCUCGCGGCCGUGCACUCGAGGCUCCUUCUCCAGCAGAUCGACGACCUCCGCAUCGAGAAGGGUUUGCUGGAGAAGCGCAGCACUCGGGAGCUGCAGGACCUGGAGGCGCUGGUGAAGCCGAGGCCCAAGCCGAGAUCCAAGCCCAAGGAGAAGGUGAGCCUUCCGGAUUGGCCAGGCGAGGAGGAUCCCCUCCCGGCUGUCCCGGUGGCCGUGCAGAGCGAGUGGUUUGCGGCCCAACAGGUGGAGUUCCACAACAUCGGCUCCGACGACGAGCCAUUGGACUGGGAGCGCAACCUCUCGCCGGAAUCCGUGCACGGUCAGGAGGAGUACCCGGUGGGCCUGCACUACGUGCAGCAAGUGGCGGAGUUGGAGGCGAAAAGCGACGAGCUGAAGUUGCGUUUGGAGGAGCUCCAUGAGGCGGAGAGCGCUCUUCGCAGGGAAAGCCAGGAGAAGAACGACUUGAUUGCCCUCCUCUUGCGCAAGACGAAGCUGCCUGAGAAGGAGAAGGAAGGCUGGUGGUCUCGAGGCUCCCGCAACGAGGAGCUCGAGCUUCAGAGGGUCAUCGAGGAGACCACGGAGGACAACAUCCGGCUGAGGAACGACAUCAAGAUCAUGUCGGACCAGCUCCGAAAGGUCUUGGCAGGUGAGGAAGCGCCACCAAAAUCGCGCAA